GAUAGAAACAGCUGAUUGAACACGAACACUGUUCGUGCGUUCGUGCAGACGUAUCAUUAUUUUUCAUUGUUAGGUUAAUAUCUCGUUAAUUAAUAAAAUAAUGUUGGGGAAAAUAAAAACGAAGCAGGAGAAAAGUGGCGAGAUUGUUGCAUAUAGCGAGACGGCUGUUGCAAACAACGCCGCAGUUGUAGAAUAUUGUAAGAUCUCAAUGGCAGCUUUAUCAGGUGGCACAGCAGGACUGCUAGGAUUGACUGUAUUGUACGGAUUCGUGUUUUACGUCUUUGCAGUUUUCGGACUGUGGGCGAUGCUGUUGAUGAAGGCUGGUGGCCAGUGGAGAAAAUAUUUUAUUAGCAGGCGGCAUCUCUUAACAAGUGGAUUCUUUGGGGGACUUUGUACAUACGUAUUAUUCUGGACAUUUUUAUAUGGAAUGGUUCAUGUCUAUUGAAAAGAGAAAGGGUGGAUGGCUUACAACAAUUGUGACACAUCACCCUUUCGAAUAUUGACCAAAUAAAUGACGAAGCAUUCACGCGUUAUUGUACACGUAUGUCAAUAUGUAUGUAUAUACAAGACAUGUUUCUUUAAAAUGAUCACUGGCAUUUAUUAUCCAAUAUUUAAACGUAAAAGACAAUAUGAAAGCCAAUGCAAUAGAGAUGUUACAUAU